GCGUAGGAGUAUGUGGUAACAAUGCGGAAUGUCGAACUGUUAGUCACACUCCCAAUUGCGUUUGUGUUACGGGAUAUGUCGGGAAUCCCUUCGUUAGCUGCGAACUGCCACCAUCCCCUGUGAUCCACGAAACUAUAAGCCCCUGUACUCCAUCCCCUUGUGGAGCUAACGCCAUUUGCAAAGAACGUAAUGGCGCCGGAUCUUGCCUAUGCUUGCCUGAUUAUAUUGGUAACCCUUACGAAGGAUGUAGGCCCGAAUGCGUUAUAAACUCUGAUUGUCCUUCGAAUAAGGCCUGUAUGAGAAAUAAAUGUCAAGAUCCUUGUCCUGGAACGUGCGGUCAAAACGCCAUCUGCCAAGUCGUCAAUCAUCUGCCAUCUUGUACCUGCAUUCCUGGAUAUAAUGGCGAUCCAUUUAGAUAUUGUAGCGUCAUUGUGGAGAUACUAAAAGAAGAAAUUAAAAAUCCAUGCCAACCAUCCCCAUGUGGUCCUAACAGUCAAUGUAAAGAAGUUAACAAACAAGCAGUGUGUUCUUGCUUGCCCUCGUAUAUAGGAAGCCCACCCAGUUGCCGUCCAGAAUGUACCAUAUCAUCCGAAUGCCCAUUGACCAAAGCUUGCAUCAACCAAAAAUGCGGUGAUCCAUGUCCUGGAUCUUGCGGUCUAAAUACAAAGUGUGAAGUGAGAAAUCAUAGUCCUAUUUGUAUUUGUACUCUUGGAUAUACUGGAGAUCCGUUUACCAGAUGUUAUCCCACACCUCCCCCGCCUCCAGCACCAAUAAUAACCGAGCCUAUCGAACCAUGCUACCCAAGUCCUUGCGGACCAAAUUCAGAAUGCAGAUCUGUAUCCCAACAAGCUGUAUGCAUAUGCUUACCAAAUUACUUCGGCCAACCACCAAACUGCAGACCAGAAUGUACUGUAAAUUCUGAUUGUUCCUCAAACUUGGCAUGUAUCAACCAAAAAUGCGUCGACCCGUGUCCUGGAAGCUGUGGUCUAGGGGCCAUUUGUACGGUCCGAACACAUACGCCUAUUUGUGAAUGUCCAGAAAAGUACACUGGUGAUGCUUUCACUGAAUGUGUACCCCAGAAAAUAAUGCCUGUAGAGGUAGACAAAUGUAAUCCUUCUCCAUGUGGUAGAAAUGCUCUUUGUAAUGAUGGUGUAUGUACAUGCCUCCCUGAAUACCAUGGAGAUCCGUACCAUUACGAUGGAUGUAGACCAGAAUGUAUUUUGAACUCUGAUUGUCCUAGAGAUAAGACUUGCAUCAGGAAUAAAUGUAAGGAUCCAUGUCCUGGAACGUGCGGACAAAAUGCUGAAUGCGCUGUUAUAAACCAUAUACCAACUUGUUCUUGUAUACAGGGAUAUACUGGAAAUGCCUUUGUGUUGUGUAAUAGAAUUCCAGAUGAAAUUCCUAAAAAUCCGUGCAACCCAACACCAUGCGGACCAAACAGCCAAUGUAGAGAAAUAAAUAGACAAGCAGUAUGUUCUUGUGUGCCAGGCUUCCUAGGUACUCCGCCAGCAUGUAGACCUGAAUGUGUUACUAGUACCGAAUGUAGUUUGACACAAGCUUGUGUCAAUCAAAAGUGUAUUGACCCUUGUCCAGGAACUUGUGGUAUAAACGCUUUAUGCCAAGUUGUUAAUCAUAACCCUAUUUGUAGAUGUGAAAAUCGGUUCUCCGGCGAUCCGUUUACUAGAUGCUUGCCUAUUCAAGAAACGGUGGUACCAACAAACCCAUGCCAGCCAACACCAUGCGGUCCUAAUUCGCAAUGCAAACCUGUUGGAGAUUCACCAUCUUGCUCUUGUUUGCCAGAAUUCAUUGGAUCCCCACCAAACUGUAGACCUGAAUGUGUCAGUAAUACAGAAUGUUCAAAUCAAUUAGCUUGUAUAAAUCAGAAAUGUAAAGAUCCUUGCCCUGGAACGUGUGGAUUAAAUGCUGAAUGUAGAGUUGUCAGUCAUACACCAAAUUGUGUUUGUUUACCUGGCUAUACCGGUGAUUCAUUCUCCGUAUGUUCUUUGAUUGUUCAAACACUCACUCCUGUUGAAAGACCAACACCUUGCCUACCAUCACCAUGCGGUGCCAAUGCUGAAUGCAUUGAAAGGAAUGGAGUCGGGGCUUGCAAAUGCUUACCAGACUAUAUAGGCGAUCCUUACGGAGGUUGCAGACCCGAAUGCAGCUUAAAUUCUGAUUGUCCAUCGAACAAAGCCUGUAUAAACAACAAAUGUAAAGAUCCUUGUCCUGGAGCAUGUGGAAACAAUGCCGUUUGUCAGAUUGUGAAUCAUUUAGCAUCAUGUAGUUGUUUGACAGGAUAUAGUGGAGAUCCUUGGAAAUAUUGUAGAAUUGUAGAAGAAAUUGUAGUGGAACAUGUUAAUCCCUGUCAACCGUCACCUUGCGGCCCCAACAGUCAAUGCAGAGAAAUUAACGAGCAAGCUGUAUGUUCUUGCUUACCGAAUUACAUCGGCAGUCCACCAGGUUGUCGACCAGAAUGUACUGUUAGUACAGAAUGUCCCCAUGAUAAAGCAUGUAUAAACCAAAAAUGCGGUGACCCAUGUCCUGGAACUUGUGGAUUAAACGCCAACUGCCAAGUUAUCAAGCAUAGCCCAAUAUGUAGUUGUCAGUCUGGACAUACUGGAGAUCCAUUUACUAGAUGUUACCAUUUACCUCCACCCCCUAAACCUGAUGUUAUAAUUCCUAGUAAUCCAUGUGUGCCGUCUCCUUGCGGUCCAAACUCACAAUGUCGCGAUAUAGGCGGAGUACCAUCAUGCUCUUGUCUGUCUGAAUUUAUUGGCAGCCCUCCGGGAUGUAGACCUGAAUGUACAAUAAAUUCCGAAUGCUCCAGUAACCUUGCUUGCAUCAAUCAAAAAUGUAGAGAUCCUUGUCCAGGCUCUUGCGGUCACCAAGCAGUUUGCAACGUCAUCAACCACGUACCUACGUGUACCUGCAAUGAAGGCUUUACUGGUGAUCCAUUUACUUAUUGUCAACCUAAACCGCCAGUACUAGUAAUUGAAGAGGAUCCAUGCAACCCUUCACCAUGUGGACCUAAUGCUAAUUGCAAUGAAGGUAUCUGUACCUGCAUUCCGGAAUAUCACGGAGAUCCUUAUGUAAAUUGUAGGCCUGAGUGUGUGUUAAAUAAUGAUUGUUCAAGAGAUAAAGCCUGUAUUAGAAACAAAUGUGUGGAUCCCUGUCCUGGAGCUUGUGGACAAAAUGCAGAAUGUGCCACUAUCAAUCAUAUUCCAAGUUGUACUUGCCUACAAGGCUUUGAAGGAAAUGCCUUUGUACUUUGUACACCCAUAUCAGUUAAAACACCAAAGAAUCCAUGCAAUCCAAGUCCUUGUGGUCCAAACAGUCAGUGUAGAGAAAUUAACGAACAAGCUGUAUGCUCUUGUGUCCCAAGUUUCAUUGGAUCUCCUCCUAAUUGUAGACCAGAGUGCAUAUCCAGUUCAGAAUGUGCUUUGAAUCGAGCCUGUGUUAAUCAAAAAUGUAUAGAUCCAUGCCCAGGCACUUGCGGAAUAAACGCUUUAUGUCAAGUUGUUAAUCAUAAUCCUAUUUGUACUUGUCAACCAGGCCAAAGUGGAGACCCGUUCACAAGAUGCCAACCAAUAAGAGAGGAAACUAUUGCACCAGUACAACCAUGCAAUCCUUCACCUUGUGGUCCAAAUUCCCAAUGUAGGGAAGUUGGAGAUGCCCCAUCUUGUUCUUGCUUACCAGAAUUCAUAGGAACGCCUCCAAACUGUCGCCCAGAAUGUGUUAGUAACUCUGAAUGUGCCAACCAUCUUGCCUGUAUUAACCAAAAAUGUAAAGAUCCAUGCCCUGGAACAUGUGGAUUAAAUGCUGAAUGUAGAGUAGUCAGUCAUACACCUAACUGUGUAUGUCUAGCAAAUUAUGUUGGUAAUCCCUUCAUUCAGUGUCAACCUAAAAUUGAAGUCAUUCCAGUGGAAAUUCCCACACCUUGCAUACCGUCACCCUGUGGUAUUAAUGCUGAAUGCAGAGAACUUAAUGGCGCCGGGUCAUGUACUUGCGUUGCAGACUAUAUUGGCAAUCCUUACGAAGGUUGCAGACCUGAAUGUACUUUAAAUUCUGAUUGUCCUUCCAAUAAGGCUUGUAUUAACAGCAAAUGUAAAGAUCCAUGUCCAGGAACGUGUGGGUUGAAUGCCGAAUGUCAAGUUAUUAACCACCUACCAGCUUGUAUUUGUAUUUCUGGAUUUACUGGAGAUGCAUUUAGAUAUUGCAGUGUUGUACAAACAAUUGUAGAAGAAAAGCCCAACCCUUGUCACCCUAGCCCUUGUGGUCUUAAUAGUCAAUGUCGCGAAGUGAACGGCCAAGCUGUCUGUUCUUGUUUACCAGAAUAUACAGGCAGUCCGCCUAAUUGUAGACCUGAAUGUACAGUUAGCUCAGAAUGUGCUCAUAAUAAAGCAUGUCUAAAUCGAAAAUGUGUCGAUCCAUGUCCAGGAACUUGUGGUCUAAAUGCCAAGUGUGAUGUUAUUAAUCAUAGUCCUAUAUGUAGUUGUCAAUCUGGACAUACUGGAGAUCCCUUUACCAGAUGCUACCACAUACCACCUCCUUUACCAGACAUACAACCUGUCAUUAAUCCAUGCGAACCGUCCCCUUGCGGACUUAAUAGUCAAUGUCGCGAUGUAGGAGGUGCUCCAUCAUGUUCUUGCUUAGAAAACUACCGAGGUGUCCCACCAAACUGUCAACCAGAAUGUACAAUACAUUCAGAUUGUUCAAGUAACUUAGCUUGUAUGCAGUUAAGAUGCAGAGAUCCAUGUGCUGGAGCAUGUGGUGCAGGCGCUGCUUGUAAUGUUAUAAGUCACAUUCCUGUUUGUCUUUGUCCCGAAGGAUAUACAGGAGAUCCAUUUACAUAUUGUAUAGUUAAACCUCCUGAAAUAGUUCCAGUAGUACAAGACGCUUGUAAUCCGUCACCAUGUGGACCUAACGCAAACUGUAACAAUGGCGUUUGUACUUGUAUUUCCGAAUACCAUGGAGAUCCUUAUAGAGAGUGUAGACCUGAGUGUGUAUUGAAUACAGAUUGUAACAAAAAUCUGGCUUGUAUUAACAACAAGUGUAAAGAUCCAUGUCCAGGAACAUGUGGACAAAACGCAUUAUGUUCUGUUUAUAAUCAUAUACCUACUUGUACAUGUAACGAAGGCUUCCAAGGCAAUGCAUUUGUGUUGUGUUCACCUAUUCCAGCUGAAUUGCCUAAACACCCGUGCAAUCCCUCACCUUGUGGAGCGAACAGUCAAUGUAGAGAAAUUAACGGCCAAGCAGUAUGCUCAUGUGUACCAGGUUUUAUCGGCAGUCCACCAACUUGCCGCCCAGAAUGUGUUUCCAGUUCUGAAUGCGCCUUAAAUCAAGCUUGCGUUAAUCAAAAAUGUAUAGAUCCUUGUCCAGGAACGUGUGGCUUAAGUGCUUUAUGCCAAGUAGUAAAUCACAAUCCCAUUUGUAGUUGCCCGCCUAGGUACAGCGGAGAUCCAUUUGCUAGAUGCCUACCAAUCGUUGAAGAUCUUACACCAGAGCAAAUACAAAAUCCUUGUAUCCCAUCACCGUGUGGGCCCAAUGCCCAAUGCAAAGAAAUAAACAACUCACCGUCUUGCUCUUGCUUACCAGAAUUCAUAGGAACUCCUCCAAAUUGUCGUCCAGAAUGCGUUAGCAACUCAGAGUGUCCAAAUAACCUCGCCUGCAUUAAUCAAAAAUGCAAAGACCCUUGUCCAGGAAUUUGUGGUGAAAACGCAGAAUGCAGAGUAGUCAGUCACACCCCUAAUUGCGUAUGUAUCCAAGGAUACGUAGGAAACCCAUUUGUGAGAUGCGAUACUCCUCAAACUACCAAAGUUGAAAUAGUACAUCCUUGUUUCCCUUCACCAUGCGGAGCUAACGCAGUUUGUAAAGAAUUAAAUAACGCAGGCUCAUGUACCUGCUUGCCAGAUUACAUCGGAAACCCCUACGAAGGUUGUAGACCUGAGUGUGUUUUGAACUCUGACUGUCCUUACAAUAAAGCCUGUGUAAGAAAUAAAUGUGAAGAUCCAUGUCCAGGAACUUGUGGGCAAAAUGCACAAUGUCAAGUUAUUAACCAUUUGCCUUCUUGUAAUUGUUUACAAGGUUAUACAGGAGAUCCAUUUGUCUUCUGUUCUACUAUCAGGGAAAUUGAACCAGUGGAAACUAAUCCAUGCCAACCAUCACCGUGUGGUCCAAACAGUCAAUGCCGCGAAGUCAACAAGCAAGCAGUUUGCUCUUGCUUAACAAAUUACAUUGGCAGUCCACCAGGUUGUAGACCAGAAUGUACUGUUAGCUCGGAAUGUCCCUUACAGAAAGCUUGCGUAAACCAAAAAUGUAUAGAUCCGUGUCCAGGGACUUGCGGGUUGAACGCCAACUGCCAUAUAAUUAAUCACAGUCCUAUUUGUAGCUGUCAAUCUGGUCAUACAGGAGAUCCAUUCUCGAGGUGUUAUCCUAUUCCACCUCCUCUAGUGGAGCCCAUAGAAACUCCAAAUCCUUGCGUGCCUUCACCAUGUGGCCCACAUUCAAUUUGUCAAGAUAUGAACGGUAUUCCAUCCUGUUCUUGUAUUGUUAACUAUAUUGGGAGUCCACCAAACUGUCGACCUGAAUGUACCAUCAAUUCGGAAUGUUCAAGUAAUUUGGCUUGCAUUAGAGAAAAAUGUCGAGAUCCAUGCCCAGGCUCAUGUGGAAUAUCAGCACAAUGUAGCGUUAUCAAUCAUAUACCAAUUUGUACUUGCAUCGACGGUUACAUAGGGGAUCCAUUUAGAAAUUGUUAUCCGAAACCAAUAAUUACUGAAGUAGAAAAGAAUCCUUGUAAUCCUAAUCCUUGUGGUCCUAACGCAGAAUGUAACAAUGGUAUUUGCACUUGCUUAACAGAGUACCAAGGAAAUCCUUAUCAAGGAUGUAGACCAGAGUGUGUACUGAAUAACGAUUGUCCAAGAGAUAAAGCUUGUAUAAGAAACAAGUGUAAAGAUCCUUGCCCGGGAACUUGCGGUCUAAAUGCAGAAUGUAUUGUAGUUAAUCAUAUACCAUCUUGUUCUUGUAUAAAUGGAUAUAUCGGUAACGCAUUUGUAUCCUGCUCACCAAUACCAGCUGAAGUACCCAAAAAUCCUUGCAGUCCUUCACCAUGCGGUCCAAACAGCCAAUGUAGAGAAAUAAAUAGCCAAGCUGUAUGCUCUUGCGUUCCAGGGUACAUAGGCUCUCCACCAACCUGUAGGCCUGAAUGCGUUUCUAGCACGGAAUGUUCUUUAAAUGAAGCCUGUGUUAACCAAAAAUGCAUUGACCCUUGUCCAGGAACAUGUGGUAUAAACACAAACUGUCAAGUGGUUAAUCACAACCCUAUUUGUAGUUGUUUAUUGAGAUACAGUGGUGAUCCAUUUACUAGGUGUUUACCAAUUAGAGAAGAACCUAUAUCAGAACCUAAGAAUCCUUGCUCUCCUUCACCAUGUGGACCAAACGCGCAAUGUAAAGAAAUUAAUGGAUCACCAUCUUGCUCUUGCCUGCCACAAUUCAUAGGAUCACCACCUUCUUGCAGACCUGAGUGUGUCAGUAAUACAGAAUGUGCAAGUAAUCUUGCUUGUAUCAACCAAAAAUGUAAAGAUCCUUGUCCAGGAAUUUGUGGACUGAAUGCAGAAUGCAGAGUAAUCUCUCAUACUCCUAACUGUGUAUGUCUACUUGGAUAUUCUGGCAAUCCCUUCGUUCAAUGUGCAAUAUUUAAACCUGAGCCUUCUGAGCAAAUUAAUCCAUGUUUCCCAUCACCUUGCGGUACCAAUGCUAUAUGCAAAGAAAGAAAUGGAGCUGGUUCUUGUGUAUGUUUACCAGAAUUUAUAGGCAAUCCUUACGAAGGAUGUAGACCCGAAUGUUCAAUUAAUUCUGACUGUCCAUCUAAUAAAGCUUGUAUCAACAGCAAGUGUAAAGAUCCAUGUCCAGGAACUUGUGGUCUCAAUGCAAACUGUCAAGUCAUCAAUCACUUACCAUCUUGCACUUGCAUUGGUGGAUUUACUGGUGAUCCGUUCAGAUAUUGCAGCGUCAUCGUUAUCAAAGAACCCCCUCCUCCACAAAACCCCUGUCAGCCAUCUCCAUGUGGACCCAAUAGUCAAUGUCGUGAAGUUAAUAAUCAAGCUGUAUGUUCUUGUCUACCUGAAUAUAUUGGUUCCCCACCAAGCUGCAGACCAGAAUGUACAGUUAGUUCCGAGUGUCCUCAAAAUAGAGCUUGCGUUAAUCAAAAAUGUGUAGAUCCAUGUCCAGGAACAUGCGGUUUAAGCGCGCUAUGUAAUGUUGUCAACCAUAAUCCUAUUUGUAUAUGUCAACAAGGGCAUACGGGAGAUCCUUUCACCAGAUGUUACCCAAUACCAGCUCCUUCAAAAGAAACUUCAAGACCUGCAAAUCCGUGCAUACCAUCGCCUUGUGGUCUAAACAGUCAAUGCAGAGAUAUCAAUGGACAAGCCAUUUGUUCGUGCUUAACAAACUACUUUGGAAACCCGCCAAAUUGCAAACCAGAAUGUGUUGUAAACUCUGAAUGUCAAAGUAACCAAGCCUGUAUAAAUCAAAGAUGUAAAGACCCAUGUCCGGGUUCUUGCGGAAUAUCGGCUAUCUGUGAAGUUAGGAAUCAUAAUGCUGUAUGUAUGUGUCCACCAGGUUAUACUGGUGAUGCAUUUACUAGUUGCGCCCCAGUAUCAUUACCAAAACCUGAACCAAAAGACCCUUGUUAUCCUAAUCCUUGUGGACCAAACGCUCAAUGUAAUAAUGGUAUAUGUACUUGUUAUCCCGAAUACCAUGGAGAUCCUUACGUAGAAUGUAGACCUGAAUGUUUGGUAAAUCAAGAUUGUCCUCGAGAUAAGUCUUGUGUUAACAGAAAAUGUGUAGAUCCAUGUCCAGGAACUUGUGGACAAAAUGCGGAAUGUACUAUAUUUAACCAUUAUCCUUCUUGCACUUGUUUACAAGGAUUUUCGGGAGAUCCGUUUGUUAUAUGUUCCAAAAUAGAGAAACCUCCUCCAUCAAAUCCAUGCUAUCCGUCACCCUGUGGACCAAACAGUCAAUGCAGAGAUAUUUAUGGGCAAGCAGUUUGCUCUUGCUUGCAAGGUUACUUCGGCGCCCCACCAACUUGUAGACCUGAAUGCGUUUCUAGCUCUGAAUGCCCCUUAAACCGAGCAUGCGUCAACCAAAAAUGUGUAGAUCCCUGCCCUGGAACCUGUGGUAUAAAUGCACUUUGCCAAGUCGUCAGCCACAAUGCCAUUUGUACUUGUCCUGAAAGAUAUAGCGGAGAUCCAUUUAUUCGUUGUCAGCUUGUAAUUGUCUCCGAAAGACCGUCUCCAACGAAAGUAGUACCUGAAAAUCCAUGCGUACCCUCCCCCUGCGGCUUAUAUGCUCAAUGUGAACCAACUGCCCUUGGCACAGCCAAAUGUAUAUGCUUACCAACCUAUAUCGGUAACCCACCCAACUGUCGACCAGAAUGUCAAACCAACAGCGAAUGCGCUAAAAAUUUGGCUUGUAUCAAUCAAAAAUGUAAAGACCCUUGUCCAGGAUCGUGCGGACUUAACGCUAGAUGCCUUGUGGCCAACCACGUGCCCAACUGUAUAUGUCAAGAAGGUUUUAGGGGUGAUCCAUUUACAAUUUGUCAUCAGCCACCUCCAACACCAACACCCAAACCGAGCCCAGAAGACCCAUGCAGACCAUCACCGUGUGGCGCAAAUGCAAUUUGUCAUGUUGAAUCAAACUACGGUGUAUGCGAAUGCUUACCAGAGUACCGCGGAAAUCCGUACGAAGGAUGCAGACCAGAAUGCUUGUCAAAUGGUGAUUGUCCGAUGAACAGAGCUUGCAUCAGAAGCAAAUGUGUAGAUCCAUGUCCAGGUACUUGUGGAAUUGGUGCCGAAUGUUUUACGACAAAUCAUGUGCCAGUUUGUACAUGUCCAGAUAGAUAUACAGGAGAUGCUUUCAGAUUAUGCACACCAGUUACUGUCGAACCACCUAGAGACCCAUGUAACCCAAGCCCAUGCGGUAUUAACACCAUCUGCCGCAAAUCAGGUGAAAAUGCCAUAUGUGAAUGUCUGCCAGGUUUCUUUGGAACGCCUACUGCAGGAGGCUGCCGACCAGAAUGUACCAUCAGUGCCGAUUGUGACAGAAAUAGAGCCUGUGUAAACAAUAAAUGUAUAGAUCCUUGUCCAGGAGUCUGUGGUUACGCAGCUAUUUGUAACGUAAUCAAUCACAGCCCCGUUUGUAGUUGCCCACCACCCUUAAUAGGAGAUCCAUUUUUACUAUGCAGAGAGCCUCCUGAGGAAAAAACUAGAGAUCCUUGCAAUCCUUCCCCAUGCAACAUAAACGGACAGUGUCAAGUAGAAAAUGGUGUAGCCACUUGUAUCUAUCCGGAAUGUAUUAUCAACCAAGAUUGUCCAAGAGAUAAAGCCUGUUACUCCCAGAAAUGUAGAGAUCCUUGCAGGGGAGCCUGCGGUAUCAAUGCCUUAUGUCAAGUAGUAAAUCAUCAAGCGGUCUGCUCUUGUCCAUCUGGCUAUGUAGGUUCAGCAGAAGUACAAUGCUUAAUACCAGAUGAACCUAAACCAAAAGUUGAGUGUACUCAAGAUUCCGAAUGUACAAACGAUAAGGCUUGUAUUAAUAGCAGGUGCCUAAAUCCUUGCACUCCAGGACUGUGCGGUCAAAAUGCUGACUGUAGGCCACAACUUCAUAGAGCUGUAUGUACUUGUAGAGAUGGUUACACAGGCAAUGCUCAACAAACUUGCUUCGAAAUAGGAUGCAGAUCUGAUUCUGAAUGUGCACCUACUCAUUCUUGUGUAAACAAAGAAUGUGUAGAUCCUUGCCUCUUCACUUCAUGCGGACUGAAUGCCCAGUGUAGAGCUGAUUACAACCACAAAGCAAGAUGUUAUUGUCCAAACAACUUCAGAGGUGAUCCAUUUGUAAGAUGCGAAAGACCUGAAUGUACUAGAGAUGAAGAAUGUCCUUACAACCUGGGUUGUAGAAAUGAACGUUGCUAUGACCCUUGUAAUUGUGGUUUAGGAGCGAUAUGUUCAGUGACCAACCAUAGACCGCAAUGCUCUUGCCCUCCAGGUUACACAGGAAAUCCUUUGAGCUCUUGUAAAAUCGAAUCUAUAGAAGAAAAGCCUGAAUGCAAAAUGGAUGCUGAUUGUCCUAAAAAAUUAGCUUGUUUCAAUGGAAUUUGUAAGAAUCCUUGCUACGAAACGCAUCCAUGCGGUAAAAACACGGAAUGUAUAGUCGUUGAUAGUUUGCCAUUAAGAACCAUGUCUUGUAUGUGUUUACCUGGUUACGUUGGCGAUGCCGACACCGAAUGUAGACUAGAACCCCAACAGCAACCUGGUUGCAAGAGCAGCUCAGAAUGUCAAUCAACUGAAACGUGUAUAAACCGCCAAUGUAUAAACCCAUGCGCAGUUGGUAGUCCAUGUGCUGUCAAUGCAGAAUGUGCUCCUGUCGAUCGUAAAGCCUCUUGUAAGUGUCCACCAGGAUUAAUAGGAGAUCCAUUCAUUAAAUGUUAUCCACAACCACAAACUAGACCAGAAUGUAAAGCUGACUCGGAGUGUUCCAAUGAUAAAUCUUGUAUUAACCAGCGUUGCCAAAAUCCAUGUGAACUAGCUAAUCCUUGUGGGUCUAACGCUGAGUGUAAGACAAGCUUCCACAGACCCACUUGUUCUUGUCCCAGAGGUUGGUUAGGAAAUCCACAAAUAAAUUGUUACAAACCUGAAUGUACCUCAAACCAAGACUGUCCUUAUGACAAAGCCUGCAUUAACGAAUACUGUCAAAAUCCUUGUAAUUCACUGUCGUGUGGCAGAGGAGCAGAAUGCAUUGUCCAAAAACAUUUCCCACAAUGUCAAUGUCCUCUAGGGACUCAAGGGAAUCCUCUAGUUUCAUGUAUCACCGGAAUCUGCCACUAUAACGAGGAUUGUGCAGAUCACGAAGCUUGUGACAGGUUAAACAGAGUUUGUAGGCCAGUUUGUGAUGAAGAUACAUGUGCAGAUGGAGCUACAUGUAUAGGCCAACAACAUCAGCCUAAAUGUAAUUGUCCUCCUGGUACUACUGGUAAUCCGUUUGUCAAAUGCCUUGGAAUGCUACCAGAACCGGAAGGAUGCAGAACUGAUUCAGAAUGCCCAUCCCAAUUUGCAUGUAUCAAUGCUAAGUGUGUUAAUCCUUGCACUACUGAAAAUGUUUGUACUAUCGAUCAAGAAUGUAUUAUAGAAGACACCCUUCCAUUAAGAACGAUCUUGUGUCAAUGUCCUCCAGAAACUAUGGUAGAUGCUGCGGGAAGAUGUGUACGUAUCACCCAGAUCAAACCACAGUGUGUUAUCGAUUCAGAAUGUAACGACAAAGAAAAAUGUAUUAGCGGAACUUGCAUAGAAGCUUGCAGAAUUGAUAGAUGUGGUGUCAAUGCCAUCUGUACGUCAAGAAAUCACCAAGCUAUAUGUAGUUGCGCACCAGGAUAUACUGGAAAUGCUCACUACGAAUGUACAAAUGUUCCUAAAGGAGUAAUAGAAGUUAUACCACCAGAGUGCUACACAGACAGAGAAUGUGUGUUAGAUAAAGUCUGCAGAAAUGAAAGAUGUGUUAAUCCUUGUACUUACGAUAGCCCCUGUGCUCCUACUGCAUUCUGUUCAGUGAGAAAUCAUCAAGCUAUUUGUAAAUGUCCAAAUGGAUAUGAUGGAAAUCCAGCUAUAGAUUGCAUAGCACCACUUGGACCAACCGUAGGCUGUACCUCAAAUUCUGAAUGUCCAAAAUCCGAAUCCUGUAUCAACCGUCUCUGCACCAGCCCCUGCAAUUGCGGCCCCAAUGCAGACUGCAAAGUAGUAAACCACUAUCCAACCUGUUAUUGUCGUCAAGGCUAUUCAGGAAAUGCUCAAAUAGGAUGCGUAAAAUUAGGAUGUCAAUCAGACAACGAAUGUGCUAGCGAUUUGCAAUGCUACAAUGGCCAAUGUAUCAAUCCUUGUAUACUAGGAAAUCCAUGUCCAAGAAACGCAGAAUGUUAUGGACACAAUCAUAGAUCAACUUGUAGAUGUUUGACAGGAUUCGAAGGCAAUGCACUUAGCAGAUGCGAACGUGUAGAAUGUCAUGUGGAUAACGACUGUCCGAAUAAUAGAGCUUGCUUACAACAAAGAUGUGUAGACCCUUGCUCCUCUAUUGCCAAUCCUCCUUGUGCCCAAAACGCAGUAUGCUACGUUCAAAACCACGUUGCUGGAUGUUUAUGUCCACCUCACUUACCCGACGGAAACCCGCUUUCCUAUUGUAGCCCUAGACGUAUAGAAGGCAAAUCAGAAUGUGACUUCGAUAUUGAUUGCCCAAGCAAGUUAGCCUGUAUAAAGAACGAAUGUGUCAACCCAUGUGUCAGUUUAUCGCCAUGUCAUCCAUCUGCUCAAUGUAGUGUUUCUGAUACAACACCUGUAAGAACCAUGAUUUGUACUUGCCCAGAAGGUUGGGUUCCUAAUGAAAACGGCGAGUGCCACCCAGUAAUAGUGCCAAUACCACCUGGUUGUACCAGUGAUGGCGAUUGUUCUGAUAAAGAAGCAUGCAUAAACAGAUUGUGCACAUCCCCUUGCGAAUGUGGAACAAAUGCUAAUUGUCAUAUCCAGAACCACAGAGCAAUUUGCUCUUGCCGCGAAGGUUACGAAGGCAAUCCCAACAUCGCAUGCCACGCAGUAGGUUGUAGGGUUGACUCAGAAUGUGGGUCAGGAAGAGCCUGUAUCAACGGAAAUUGUUUAAAUCCAUGCCUCAUUAAAGACAAUUGUGGAAUCAAUGCUGAAUGCUUCGUAUAUCAAAACAGAGCCGAAUGCAGAUGUGCCAGUGGCUAUAGAGGUAAUCCAUUGGAUAGAUGUACCCCAAUAGGUUGUCUGUCCAAUAGCGAUUGUCCUAGCGAUAGACAAUGCAUAAAUGCUCAAUGUAUAAAUCCUUGCAUUUACGAUAACCCUUGCUCUCCUCGAGCAGAAUGCAGCGUGCACAACCACCUCUCAGUAUGCAGAUGUCCACCUGGUUUAAUCGGUAAUCCUUAUGUUAGCUGUAAACCAGAACCUCAACCUGAAUGUAAAGAAGAUUCUGAAUGCCCUUCAAGAUUAGCUUGCCUAAACAACAAAUGUCAAGAUCCAUGCGCAGUCCUUGAACCGUGCCGUAGACCAGCUGAAUGCCAAGUCAUAGGAACUGUGCCAGUAAGAACAAUGAUAUGUAUUUGCCCUCCAGGAUACAUCAGCAGUGGAAGUGGAACUUGUAAUCCAGUUACUGCAGUUACAGUAGUAGGAGCUUGUAUAAGCGAUAGUGACUGCCCUGCCACAAAGGCUUGUUACAAUGGUAUCUGUAAAAACCCAUGCACCUGCGGACCCAAUGCGGAAUGUAGAAUUAAAGACCACAAACCGAUUUGUACCUGUAAGCAGGGUUAUGACGGUAAUCCAGAAUUGGAAUGUAGAAGGAUUGGUUGUAGAGCUGACAGUGAAUGUUCGACUCAACAUACCUGUAUAAAUAGGCAAUGUGUCCCAGUUUGUGCAGCAGAUGGUACUUCAUGUGGCGAUAAAGCGGUUUGUUACGGUUACAAUCAUCGUGCUGUUUGCGAAUGUCCACCAGGACUUAAAGGAAACCCAAGAGUAUCUUGUAACGUUGUUGGCUGUAGAAUUGAUUCUGACUGUCCAAGCAACCGAGCAUGUAUCAAUACCAAAUGUGAACUGCCUUGUACAGUAGCCAACCCAUGUGACGCAGUAGCCGAAUGCAAGGUCUAUAACCACGUUAUUGAAUGUAUUUGUCCACCGGGUACUGUCAGCGAUGGCAGAAUGGGAUGUAUCAGAAGAGAAGAAAAAUGUAGGAUGGACUGGGAUUGUCCAUCACAGUAUGCUUGUAUUGGAUCGGAAUGUGUAAAUCCUUGUAAUGCCACAGAACCUUGUGGCGUUAACGCAGAAUGCAGUGUAUUAGAUACCAGACCUGUAAGAACUAUGGUUUGCAUUUGCGUUCAUGGUUAUCAAGGAAAUCCAGCUGUUCAAUGUGAUCCAAUUGCGAGAUGUCCAAUAGACAAGGGCUACUUCUUAACCCCCGAUGGAAGAUGUAUAUGCGCACCAAACCUAGCUCUUAACGAAAACGAUGAAUGCAUCCCUUGUCCGAUAGAAAAAGGUCUCAAGAUAGACGAAAGAGGUCGCUGCGUAUGUGCUCUAGAAAAAGGUUUAAUAAUCGACGAACGUGGCAACUGUGUUUGUCCAUUAGAAUUUGGUUAUCACUUCGAUGCUAAAGGCAAUUGUGUACCAGACACUGGACCUGAAUGUGAGUACAAUGAUGAUUGUCCUGACCAUAAAUAUUGCAAUCAGAAUACGAAGACUUGUGAAGAUGCUUGCUUAUUGAAACAUUGCGGUAUUAAUGCUUUCUGUAAUGCUACGAAUCACCAAGGAAGAUGCAUUUGCAUUGCUGGAUAUGUUGGAAAUGCAGAAAUACUAUGUAAUCAAACUACCUAUUACAAGACAGACUUCCCAAGACCAGACCUCACAGUCAAUUGUUUGUCAGAUGGUGUUCAAGUAGAAAUAACCCUUUCAGAAAUUGGUUUUAAUGGAAUUCUUUACGUCAAAGGCCAUAGCAAGGAUGAGAAAUGUAGAAGAGUUGUGUCUAUUGAUACGGGAGAAAGAAUAGAAUAUUUCAAAGUUCAUUUUGGAGAAUGUGGACUCAUACAUGUCAAUGGUGAAGCCAGUUUUGUGCUGGUCAUCCAGAAACAUCCCAAACUUGUAACUUACAAAGCACAAGCAUACCAUAUCAAAUGCGUCUACCAUACCGGAGAACAGAAUGUAACCCUAGGAUUUAAUGUAUCGAUGUUGACAACCGCGGGAACAAUAGCCAAUACUGGACCUCCACCUACGUGUCUCAUGAAGAUCGUAACUCCAACCGGAGAAGAGAUAAACUCUGCAGAAAUUGGAGACAACUUGAUGCUUCAAGUGGACGUCCAACCCGGAUCGAUUUAUGGAGGUUUUGCAAGAAGUUGCGUUGCUAAGACUAUGGAGGAUAGCGUUGAAAAUGAAUAUAUAGUCACAGAUGAAAACGGUUGUGCUACUGAUCCAACUAUAUUCGGAGAAUGGGAAUACAAUCCAGACACGCAGAGUUUGUUAGCAAGUUUCAAUGCGUUUAAGUUCCCUAGCAGUGAUAACAUCAGAUUCCAAUGUAAUAUUAGAGUGUGCUUUGGAAAAUGUCAACCAGUUAAUUGCCGAGGCUAUAAUGCAUUUGGAAGAAGGAAGAGAGCUAUUGAAGAUUCAGAUGAUGACGAAAAUGGUACAGAUCUUGCUUUAGGUGGAGAUCUGUUAGCCGGUCAAUUAAGAGAAGAAAUAACUAUCCAAUCUAACGCUAUAUUGACGCUUGAGAAACGUGAAGAAAGAUACCCAGAUUCUCAGACUGCUGCAAACGCACAACGUGCAGAAGAUAUAUGUGUCUCAAUGAUUGGUUUUAUCAUUGCACUGAUAAUCACUGCCCUACUGGCCUUGGUAGCCGUUGCUGUAGCCGUUUCCUGUUGGUUGAUGGCUUAUCGUCGCAGGCCGAAAUCAACUGGACCGCUACCGCAUCCGCCGGAAUUUCCAAACCCAUUAUUUACCACACCAGAACCAAUGGCGGAACCAAGUCCAGACUACCUCACGUAAAAUUCCAGAAUUUAGUAAUUUUAAGUUUUAAUACUCUUCGAUUUUACCCGAUAUGUUGACAAAAACUAUCAAAAUACUCGAUUAUUGUAAAUUUACUAUCGACAAGUUCGUAACAAUCAAAAUACUUCUUGAAAAUCCGUCCGUUGCUACUCACUAAAUACUGCCGAAAAGAAGUAAUGAUGUUACGGACGAAAUAGCGAAUAUAAUUUUAGUUUAAACUUUAAAAUGUGUGCACCUUAACACCACAGCAACAUUACAUAGAAACGUAUCACUCUAAAAGACUAUCGGAAAGAAGACGAUCUGAUAAAGAACAGAACAAAUAUGUCGUUUCUAGUUCUACAGCCAAGAUGUAUAUAAAUAUGGCACCCAAAUCCGUCAAAAGAAAUAAGAUAUAAAAGGAUGAUCAAGUGAUAUUAACGUUUCUUUUGGUAGUUGCUGGAAGAAUAGUCGAAUAUACCUACGGUGCCUACACAUUUUAAACUAUCUUUUCCAUUGGCUGCAAGUAACCAGAGUUCUUUCACAGACAAGGGAAAAAAUUAGGUGGUGGUUUUUAUAACGCUUUAAUAAAAAUGUCUCGACUUUGAAUACGGCCCUUGCUAUUAUUUUUGUAAAUGUCUCUUAUAUCAAUAAUUGUGUUCUAUUGUAAAUAUGAGUUAUAUUUUCACUUUUGGCAGCCUUUGGAAGACUUAGGAUUUACAUUUAAGUUAGUUAAGUAUAAAUAAUUAUUUCUUUGAGCCUGUAUAAAGUGUAUGAAUGAGUCGAAUGAGGAACAAUUGAGAAUUGCUCCAAUUUUUUUUUAUGGUGCUGACUGAUAAUUUUUACUUGAAGCAGUCAAACUUUUAGUCAAUCGAUUUUUUUAAAUAGUACCUAUAUUUUUAUGUAAUUUAUAAGUGAACCAAUAAUUUAACGAAAUUUCAGUGUAUUUUGUAAUGUAAUUUAUUACGCAACGAAUCUAUUCUUUCUUAA